AUGGAGAACUCUCCAGCAUUAAUGCCUGAAAACCUGCGAGAUCGACUAGGUCUAUCAAUUCAUAGCAAAUUUAAGCAGCGAAUCAAUGAGGAUUCAAUUGAAGAGUCGGAAAUAAAUAAUAAAUUAGAAACAAGCAGUGUAGAUUCAUGCACUAGUUCAAUUGAAAACGAAGUCAAUGUGAAUGCAUUUUCAUAAAUGAACUAAAUGCUAGUGCCAGCUUCGAAGUUAGAAACUAGGUCAUUCCAUAAUAUGUUCAGUCAAUAGCAGCAGCAAAUUAAUAAAAAGCACACUUUUGAUGCCAAAUAAAGCCUUGUCCCUAAUUUGAUAGAUUAAAACAUAACUAGGGCAUUAUAAUUAUCUAGGUAACUAAGAAGAAUAUCUACUCCCUUGAGUGAGGCUUCAUAUGAUUCUCAAAUUUAGCAAUAAACUUAGCAACCUAAUUUUAUCUCUUAGAGACACAGUCGCCAUAAUGUAGACAAUGCUUAUUUGCCUCUACUGUGGCUUGGCCAAAAGAAAGAGUCUGCAAGUUUAAAUACUAAGCCCCUUCUAAACUUUAAAAAACGUCUAAAUUUCUUCAAUAUUCGAAGUCCUAGCUAUAAUAACACUAAUUAGAAUAACUCGGGGAGAAAGAUGAUAUCACCAAAGAAUACUUCAAACAUAAUGUAAAAGUUAAAAACUAUUGUUGGGAAAAAUAACUAACGGAAUCAUGAGUAUUAAGAGCUCUAGGAAUUCAUCUAGCUAGAGAAAUAGUCAAUGGACUAGUCUUCUGAUACAUUCGAAAAGCAUAAUUUUAAGUUGAAAAGUAAACGAUCUCCACCUUAGGUUAAUAACAACUUUAUAUUUGAAACUAAGGAGAAGUCUUAAAAGAAAAAGAAGUCUAGGAUUUACUUAGACUAACGUAGAAGCAGUAUUAAUAUCUAAAAGUCUAAUAUGUUUAAGGGAAUAAUAAUGCUACAAAAUUCUAAAUUAAUAUAACGAAUAGAAAGAUAAGAUACUAUAUAUUUAUGUCAAGCCUACAACGAGAUAAAAGCAGCAAAAAUCAAACUAAAUAAUAAAAGCUUCAAGAAAGAUAAAAAAUCAAUUAUUGACUAAAUACAAUCUGAAUUAGGUAGCUCUACUUUCUUAACCAAUAAGCCAAAAGAAAAACUUGAUAAAAUAGAUAAGAUUAUCAAAAUCUUAUCCGGUAUAAAAGAUAAUAUAUAUAAUUCAAAAAAAACAAAUCAUUUUUGA